UAAAAUAAUUGUGGUUAAAUCAUGUGAUGUUGGCCUCCCUCUCUGUCCCACUCUUUCUCCUUCUCUGUUACACUCUCAUUUCACCUUUCUUUUACCGACUUCGACUUACUUAACUCUUAUCUAUAAUGUGAGAGAGCUGCGGAUAUUUUCUCUCAUUAUUUAUUGUUCCAUUUUCCCUGCUUCUUGCUUAUUUUGUGGAGGCACUAACAUACACUGUUGGGAAGACUUCUAAUAAUUGGGAAAAAGUUGGGUGCAUUUUAUUACUUUGGGGGUUUUUGAUUUAUGAUUUAGAUGUUUUCGUGUAGCACUGGUUCAAGGAAGCUCUAGUUUCAUUCAAUUUCAAUGGAUCCUAGCUGUGGGAAUUGCUGGUCCAAUCCAAAGAAGGAUUCUUGGAAGGCCACUCUGCUACUAGCUUACCAGAGUCUCGGUGUAGUGUACGGGGACCUCAGCAUUUCGCCUCUCUACGUGUACAAGAGCACGUUUGCGGAGGAUAUUCAUCACUCCGAGACAAAUGAAGAGAUAUUUGGGGUUCUUUCCUUUGUGUUUUGGACACUAACCCUUGUCCCCUUGUUCAAAUAUGUUUUCAUAGUUCUUCGAGCUGAUGACAAUGGAGAAGGUGGUACUUUUGCUUUGUAUUCCUUGAUAUGCAGGCACGCGAAAGUUAGCCUUCUCCCCAACCAGCAAGUUGCUGAUGAAGCUCUCUCUACGUAUAUACUCGAGCCACCUCCAACAACAAAGAACAGUUCAAGGGUGAAAGCGGUGCUAGAGAAUCAUAAGUCCUUGCACGUUGCUUUACUAAUUCUGGUUCUACUUGGCACUUGUAUGGUCAUUGGGGAUGGUCUGCUAACUCCAGCCAUAUCUGUUUUUUCUGCUGUUUCUGGUCUUGAAUUAUCGAUGUCUAAGGAUCAUCACCAAUAUGCUAUGGUACCGAUUACUUGCUUCAUAUUAGUGUGCCUAUUUGCUUUACAACACUACGGCACCCAUCGAAUUGGGUUCUUCUUUGCGCCAAUAGUCCUUACUUGGUUGUUAUGCAUAAGUGCGCUCGGCCUGUAUAAUAUUUUCCACUGGAAUCAUCAUGUAUAUCAAGCACUUUCCCCGUCUUAUAUGAUAAAGUUUUUGAAGAAGACUAGAAAAGGAGGGUGGAUGUCUUUGGGUGGAAUACUUUUGUGCAUAACAGGUUCUGAAGCAAUGUUUGCUGAUCUUGGCCAUUUCUCACAUGCAGCAAUUCAGAUAGCGUUCACCUUUUUGGUUUAUCCAGCACUAAUAUUGGCAUACAUGGGACAAGCAGCUUACCUAUCGAGACACCAUCAUACAAUUCAUAAGAUUGGCUUUUAUGUUUCUGUUCCAGAAAGUGUAAGGUGGCCAGUACUUGUGGUGGCAAUACUAGCUUCAGUUGUGGGCAGUCAGGCGAUCAUCAGCGGAACUUUCUCUAUCAUCAACCAGAGUCAGUCACUCGGUUGUUUUCCGAGGGUCAAGGUGAUUCACACCUCGGAUAAGAUACACGGUCAGAUAUACAUACCCGAGAUCAACUGGCUGCUGAUGAUCCUCUGCAUUGCAGUAACCAUUGGAUUCAGAGACAUAAAACACAUGGGAAAUGCAUCGGGGCUGGCUGUAAUGGCAGUGAUGCUGGUAACCACUUGCCUAACGUCGUUAGUAAUCAUCCUUUGUUGGCACAAACCUCCACUGGUGGCUUUGUGUUUCCUGCUCUUCUUCGGAUCCAUCGAGCUGCUUUACUUCUCUGCUUCCCUCAUCAAAUUCCUCGAAGGUGCAUGGCUUCCCAUCUUGCUCGCGCUCUUCCUGGUCACCAUCAUGUUCGUUUGGCACUACACCACAGUAAAGAAAUACGAGUACGAUCUCCACAACAAGGUUUCGCUAGAAUGGCUUCUAGCCCUGGGUCCGAGCCUGGGCAUCGCUCGCGUCCCAGGCGUUGGCCUUGUGUUCACCGAUCUCACUUCCGGCAUCCCCGCCAACUUCUCACGUUUCGUGACCAACCUCCCGGCCUUCCACCGCGUGCUCGUCUUCGUAUGCAUAAAAUCAGUGCCGGUGCCGUACGUGCCCCCGGCAGAGCGGUAUCUAGUCGGCCGUGUGGGCCCGGCAGCUCACCGUUCGUAUAGGUGCAUUGUCCGUUACGGGUACCGGGACGUCCACCAGGACGUGGACUCAUUCGAGUCAGAGCUCGUGAGUAGGUUGUCAGAGUUCAUCCGGUACGACUGGUACAAGGCGCAUGGCGGCAUCAUAGAUGUGCGCAAGGACGAGGAAGAGGAGGAGGGCGCGGGAUCAACGAGCGAGUGCAGGCUGGCAGUGAUUGGCACGGUGCCAUUGUCGGCGUUUGAAAUGGAGGACGAGACGGAGCCGGCGAGCGUCUCGGUUGGGUUCCAGACGGUGGACAGCGUGAGCGAUAUAGUCGAGAUAGGGGUGCCGGAGAGAAGGGUUCGGUUCGCGGUGGACGAGGGGUGCGAAACGGAGAUGGAGAUGCUGGUGCAGGAGGAGGUGCGGGAUCUGUAUGAAGCACAGCAAGCAGGGAUAGCAUUCAUUUUAGGGCAUUCGCAUGUUCGGGCAAAACAAGGGUCGUCGGUGUGGAAGAGAUUGGCUAUCAAUUUGGGGUAUAAUUUCCUGCGAAGAAACUGUAGGGGAGCGGACGUGUCUCUCAAGGUACCUCCUGCAUCGCUUCUUGAGGUUGGCAUGGUUUAUAUUGUUUGAGAUAUUGUAAAACUUGAGGGCUUUUAGAUUCUCUCUCUCUCUCUUAGUACAUUCCAGUAGAUGCAGAUUUUGUUAAGUUGGAUUCAGUCAUACAAGAAGACAAUUGAUAAAGAUUGUCUAAUUUUAGAA